AUGGGUUGGACAACAUCAUCAUUAGAUCAUACUCAGUCAUGGUGUCUCUCUGCUUCAUCUCUGAUUGAACCAGACCCCCUCGGCCAAGGCUUUCCCCCAGAACCUGCACACCCGCAAAGGCCUGACCGCGUGCGUCACAUGGCCUCCUCGCAAGUUUUGCAGGAAAUUGGCAAGACUCCGCCGGGUGCCUGUGGCUGGAAAGAAGAAAAGAACUUCAAGUGGAGCGGUGGGUUCCGCGAAAUGAGAUCUCCACUGUUGGGGAGCAGUUCAUUCCGCGCUGUUGGGGAAGCCGGCGGGAAUGGGUGCAAGAUUCCGAUUGCGCCAUAG